AUCACUAUAAACCGCCCACUUCCGGUUUACUGAAACCCCUGACUGGAUUAAGCGGACAGUGGCGAGAGAGAGAGAGAGAGAAAAACCAUCUGGUGGCUUUCAGGUCCAUUGACAGAAGUUUGUAAGGCUGCAUUCUGAUGGCGGUGACCUCCCAUCUGUUUCGGGUAAUCCAUUGCAGGGGGUUUGGUCGUACUUGGGUUCCAUCCGUAUUGUGCCAAACCUGCUUUCAAGUCCAUCCAUGCAACAGUGUUUACCAAGCAAAUGCAACUUCGGCUCCAAGUCAGCCCCUGUCGCGGAGCUACAGGACUUCAGCUGGCCGGCUCACGUACUACCUCACACCACCUCAGGUGAACAGUAUCCUGAAGGCCAAUGAGUACAGCUUCAAAGUGCCUGAGUUUGAUGGGAAAAACCUCAGCUCAGUCUUGGGGUUUGAUAGUAAUCAACUCCCAGCCAAUGCCCCUAUUGAGGACCGGCGUAGUGCAGCAACGUGCUUGCAGACACGUGGCAUGCUGUAUGGUGUCUUUGAUGGGCAUGCAGGCUGUGCCUGUGCUCAGGCGUUGAGUGAGAGGCUCUUCUAUUAUAUAGCCGUGGCCAUGCUGCCGCACGAGACACUUGCUGAGCUGGAGAACGCUGUGGAGAGCGGCCGGCCCCUUCAGCCUAUCCUGCAGUGGCACAAGCACCCUAAUGAUUACUUCAGCCGGGAGGCAUCGCGGCUCUAUUUCAACAGCUUGCGCACAUACUGGCAGGAGCUGCUGGACCUAAGCACACCUGGAGAACAGCCUGAAAUUUCUGAGGUGCUAGCAAGCGCUUUCAAACGGCUGGACAAUGACAUCUCUUUGGAGGCACAGGUGGGGGAUGCCAAUGCCUUCCUGCACUAUUGGGUGUUACGUGUGGCUUUCUCUGGUGCUACGGCAUGCGUGGCACACAUAGAUGGUGCUGAUUUACAUGUGGCAAAUGCAGGUGACGGCCGUGCUGUUCUGGGUGUGCAGGAGCCCGAUGGCUCGUUCUCGGCACUGACCCUCUCCAACGAUCACAAUGCACAGAACGAGGCCGAGGUUCACCGUGUGCGUUCUGAGCACCCGCAAGCUGAAGCCAAGACAGUAGUGAGGCAGGACAGGCUGCUAGGUCUCCUCAUGCCAUUUCGUGCGUUUGGUGACGUCAAAUUCAAGUGGAGUGUGGAACUGCAGCGACGCGUGCUUGAGUCAGGCCCAGACCAGCUUCAUGAGAACGAGCAUGCCAAGUUUGUGCCACCCAACUACCACACACCACCGUACCUGACAGCUGAGCCUGAGGUGACCUAUCACCGGCUUCGGCCGCAAGACCGGUUCCUGGUACUUGGUUCAGAUGGGUUAUGGGAGACACUGCACCGUCAGGAGGUGGUGCGUAUCGUGGGGGAGCAUCUGACCGGAGUUCGCCAGCAGCAGCCCAUCAGUGUGGGUGGCUACAGGGUCACACUGGGCCAAAUGCAGGGGCUUCUACAGGAGAGGAAGGCACGGGUCUCCUCUACGUUUCAAGACCAGAACGCAGCCACGCACCUGAUCCGCCACGCUGUAGGCAGUAACGAAUUUGGCAUGGUGGAUCACGAGAGGCUAUCCAAGAUGCUCAGCUUGCCAGAGGAGUUAGCGCGCAUGUACAGAGAUGAUAUCACCAUCAUUAUAGUGCAGUUUAACCCACACGUCAUAGGAGCUCAGCAGAACUGACUCUACUGUUUAUUUCUUUGUUUCUGUUACACACUGCUUUUGUAAACACUCAUGAGUAGAUGCGGAGCAAUAUGAUGGUGGUGGGGGUUUUGUGUGCGUGUGCGUGUGUGUGUGUGUAUCAGCAGAGCUCACAUAUCAAGCCGUAUUAUAUUUAUGCAUUAUAAUCAGACUGCGCUUGUCUGAGUUCAGCAGCACAGUGAGAGAAAAUGUGUGGCAUGAAAGAGAACUCCGAUUUUAACUUCCAGACGCCUGAGGAUGGUUUGCAUGAAUAAGCGACAGUGUGUACGCUUGUUUAAAUGACUUGUUUUUAUCAUUCCUGCUGCAUCCCAAUAUCAAGCAUUGAAGCCAAAAACUACGAUUUCAGUAUUGCCUACUACCAGAAAUGCAACUUUCAGGUUUCAGGUUAUGAGGCGUAUUAUAAUCUCAAUACAUUGCUGUAUUAUAUUUGAAAGAAUCCUAAAUUCUCAGUUGAAGGAAACUUUUAUGUAUGGUUUGCUUGGACUAAUCAGGAACAAGACUGUUCAUUCAUUCAUUGUUCACGUAUAAAGUUUUAGUUGUGUUUUUUUUUUUUUUUUUUGCACGCAUCUGUAACUUUUUCCUGAAGUCCACCAAAAAGCUUUGUAUAAGACCUAAGACACAAUAGAGUUUUCAGUGUGUCUUUGCAUUGAGAGGGAUAAAGACUGAUUGUGUUUAAUCAGUCUAAUCAGAUUCACUAGUAAUGUCAUGAUUGUUAUCAUGAAGAUGCCUUUGAGAUCCCAGACAUGGUGCAGUGGUUUAGUGUGAAAAGUGUCUGUUUUAGGUAGCAGCAUCAUAAUAAUAAGACGAAAAUAAAUCCUUAAUGCAGUAUUGUAUUGAUAGCCAUGUUAAUUACUAGCAGGAGCAAAGCAUGCAUGUCUGGUCUGUGUAUCAUUUCUUUUUAUUUCAUGGCUUGUUUCAUUGAGGGAUUUUGAGUACAGUAAGUUACUGAUAUGAGAAUAAUGGGGGGAAAAGUGAAUUGUUUUUCUGUCCAAAUGCACAACUUUAGAUACCGUCUGUGAGUUAUGUAAUGAAAUGCAUUGUUUUAUAGACUGGACCUGAUUAGUUCACCCUCUGCACCGUCUUCAAGCGAGAAUGUUGAGUGCACGACAGGCCGAAUGUAUUUUCUCUUCCACUUCUCAUGUGCGUAGUGAUCGGAGUCUACAAAAUGCCUUGCGGUCCAGUAAGUGUUCCACUUCUGCUUGUUUGUAGGUCAAAACGAAUGUAGCUUCACUGUCCUGCAGUAAACAAACACACAUUUUACUAGGCACUUGCAUGUAAACGACAUUUAACUGUAAAUCAAUCUUCUUCACUAAGGUUUUCUAACAUGGCCAACUUUACGGAACAUAUUAGCAUACAGUGGCACAGGGUCGAUGGGAAUACCUGUGCAAAUGUACGUCUAUUAAAACACCAUUUUACCUCUCCUAGUGUUUAAUAUAAUAAGUAUCAGAUAUGUACAUAUUUAACUUGGCAUACAGUAGAUCUCUUCAAAAAUGUGUGUCUAAUACCUGAUCAUUUACUUGGCGUAAUGCAUUUGAAGCAUUUAAAUAUCCAUAUCUUGUAACAGGUAUAUUUCUAUGUAUAACUUUAUACAUACUUGUGUAUGAAUAUGGGAACUCUGGUUUUUUUUUUUUUUUUGUAUUUAAAUAUUUUAAUAAAACAUUACACGAGU